AUUUCGCAUAGUUAUUUCUGUUGCCCUGAGUCCAGCCGGUACAUACUUUGCCACUGGUUCAGGCGAUACCCGUGCCCGUGUUUGGAGUUACGAGUCCACCCAGGAAUGAUAUCAGUAGUAGUAGUAGAUAGAGUUGUCUUGCUUUUUCUUUUGCCUCUCUCAGUCGAGACGUAAAACAAAUGGCGGCAAGGGAACCACACUGCGAUGUAUUUUUUCUCUUCUUUUUUCUUUUUUCCUCCUUUCAGCUUGUUUUUCGUCUUGUUUGCAUUAUUAAAAAAGAAUGUUUUGUGAACCACUCAGCUAUUUUUUUGUGGACGGUGCUUCUUCGAACGCGAUUCCAGCCACAACCUUGAUACCGCCAUACCUUUUUUCAAACCGGGGUCAAGACCCUUCAAGCUGGCCCUCACUUCUUCUCAUGUCACGACGAGACAUUGCAGAGAUUCUCGAACGACUCUCUCUUGACCACCGAACAUCGCUCGCAGAAAAGGCAUGCGCCUACCUUCAGGCCGUGGACUCCAAUGGAGGGAUCAAAAACCACUCGAGCCAUGCAGCUAUUUGCGUCGACAUUGCAGCCGAGCAAUUAUCGAUAGAGGUGUCACGUCAAGCCUUGAUCCGUCUUUCAGGGGCAGCGUCGCCCUCGGCCUACAGCAGCACUCUGGAGGCGCUCUCUCGAUAUUUGACAGGGAAAUCCAAACACAACAAUACACACAGCACACGAUCGGCUAGUCAACCGUCCACGCAAUUGCAUCUCAGUGGUAAUUCGAGGCAUGCACAAAUGCAACAGCUAUUAUCCAGCACUUCGCAAACAUAUUUACGGCAGAUGGCAGUUCAAUAUGGGUCUAUGGAGCUGGAAGAGUUGGUUUUGGAAUUGCUGGAGCUCUUCUUUGAGUCCUGGAUCAAAACGCUGGCGCCUGCGCAGCGCAUUCAUGUCAAGUACUCGGAUGCGAAGUGGGUCGGAGCCGGGUUCUGGUUGUGUGCGAUGGCGCGAAACAUGACGGCGGGCAAAGCUGAAGAGAAGGCAACAACUGUCAAGAGGAUCGGAGGACGUGGGGGCAAGGAAUUGAAGGACUUGAUCUUGACGGCGGUUGAGCAUAAAGUCAAGAAAACAGAACUUGACAACACUAUUCGGUUAAUGGAGGAUACGUGCCAGGAAUUCUUGUUAUCGCUGCGGAAACCCAAGGGAGGCAACGCUUCUGCACCCUCGACCCCCAGGAAACGAAAGGACUCGAACAAUAGCGACAGUGGUGCUAGUCUGGUGGAUAUCGUGAUACCCAUGCGAGGAGGCGUUGAUGUACAAACGACAGCGACAAAUACGGACAUGCAGGAAAGUGGUGUUAAGGAAGGUGACAAUCCCUUCCUUGUUAACAAAUCAGCCCCGACAUCUCUCAGGAGGCCACGCGAAGAGACGCAAGAUCUGAGUAUUUACGGAAGACUGGGCACGAAACGACAAAUCUCGAAUGUCAGUCAGAUGUCCCUGCUGUCGGAUGGUGAUGAUUUGGAGCAGGACCAGGCAGGAGAGGCUAUUGUGACCACAGGAAGAGUAGUAAAACCACCGUCCAAGCGGAAAAAGCUAGAUUCGCAGGAUGUUCAAUUGUCAUCUGCAGGUAUCAUGAGCGCUAAGAAAGGUGCAGCGCCUAAAAAAGGCUUGAAGGAGGCAGCCGCUUCAUCUCAAGAAGCGAGCCGACUACUGAAUCAGCGGCGUAAAACAGGCGUCUAUAAUAUGAUCCCACGGGUCAGGUACGAGAAUACAAGAGCGUUUGCUCAGUACCAGGAAUGGAGGGAUCGAAUUCUCAAUAUGCUCGGGUCUACAGGAUGACAAUAAAAAUCAAAUUGCAAGCUUAUACCGC